UCUGAGCCACCCUCAGACACUCCUAAAGAGGGAGCAGAGACAGCCCUGCCUUCCAGAGGAGCUCUGCGAUGAGUGGCUAGGAGCCAGGGGCCCAGGGAACCAGAGCCACCAACGUCAGGGCCACAGGGCUGCCGUGCCGUCACUUCAGGGCCACCACCGUCAUGGCAUCUCUGGGCCUCCAGCUGCUGGGGUAUGUCCUGGGCCUCAUGGGGCUGGUGGGCACCCUGGUAGCCAUGCUCCUCCCCAGCUGGAGAACGGGCUCCUACGUGGGGGCCAGCAUCGUCACGGCUGUGGGCUUCUCCAAGGGUCUCUGGAUGGAGUGUGCCACCCAGAGCACUGGCAUCACUCAGUGUGAUAUCUACAGCACUCUGCUGGGGCUGCCUGCAGACAUCCAGGCUGCUCAGGGCAUGAUGGUGGCUUCUAGUGCCAUCUCCUCUCUGGCCUGCAUCAUCUCGGUGGUGGGCAUGAGGUGCACUGUCUUCUGCAAGGACUCCCUGGCCAAAGACAGGGUGGCCGUGGUGGGCGGAGUCUUGUUCCUCCUGGGAGGCCUCCUAGGUUUCAUUCCUGUCGUCUGGAACCUCCACGGGAUCCUCCGGGACUUCCACUCGCCACUGGUGCCCGACAGCAUGAAGUUCGAGAUCGGAGAGGCCCUCUACCUUGGCAUCAUCUCUUCCCUCUUCUCCAUGGUGGCUGGCACCAUCCUGUGCUUCUCUUGCCCAGCCCGGGGGGAAGGCCACUCUGCCUACUAUGGGGGCUAUCAGGCCCAGCCCUUAACCACCAGGGCCUCCCCUCGGCCCGGCCAGACCAUAAAAGGCAAAAGCGAGUUCAACUCCUACAGCCUGACAGGGUAUGUGUAAGGAGUGGAUCGGGAGGGUGGGCCAGGGUUCGAGAGCCAGCCGACGGCCCCCCACAGACACCAGGAGAGACUUUCCUUCCGUCUGAUCAAGUCAGAAGGCAAAGCUGAAGAUAAGACUGACACCAGGGGUGGGAGCAGUCCCCAUGGGUCCAACUUUGGGCAGCUGACAUUCCCACAGUCCUGCUUUUGGCCGCCCCCUCCCUCUCCUCACCCACUAUCGCCCUCCCACCUCCACCUUGGCCUUUGGUUCCCAGCCCACAGUCCCAGAUCCAGCUGCCUUAUGUAUCUGGGAAACCCCCCCAGGCCCUGCCUUCACCAAGGCUCCCUAAGCUCAACGGACGGCAGAGUGUCACCACUUGAACCCCAUUCCCCAAGAUCCUUCCAAGGGGAUGACCUCAUUGGCCAAUGGUUGGACCCAGAACCACGUCUUUAUUUCCACUGAGAGGAGCAAAGGGGCAGGAGGGCCCGACUCCCAAGGGGCUUCCGGCUGGGAGGGGCCCGGAACCAUUGGCCACGGUCUACUGAGAAGUCUUCAAACUCUUCCAUUAGUUUCAGUGUAGAAGCCAGGAGCCCUGUGCCCUCUGCAGGGCACCCAUUCCAGGCUGCUCCCAGGGCAGCGGGGAAGCAUCCGGGAGCCCUCCAUGGGGAAGAGAGAAAAGGAAACCAGUUUUUCCAGAGAUGCUCUUUGACUUGGGGAACACUGGCAUGGGGGCAGCCUGACAGAUCCGCUGGCAUCAUCGCACACUUCCUGAGAAAUAGAAAAAAUACAAGAAAUAAAAAUUAUGAGACACAAGAA